UCGGCUGCCCGUCUGUUGCGAACCGUGUAUCAUGUGUAUGGUGUGACCCGUGUCUGCUGUCUGCUGAAAAGGUGAGAGUCACACUGCAUGUACUAACUAACUACUGUCAGGCCGCGAUCCGUAGCACAGAAGUUUUGCCCGUCACACUUUACAGAUUAGCACUCUGGACUGGAGUGGAGUAGCCGUCACAUGCACACGGUGUGUAUGUGUGUGUAUGUGUGUUUGUGCUGGACACCCAUCCAGCCAACUCACUGGCUGGACCCAAUGGGCUGCCCGCACGCGCUUUCAUUUCAAGACGGUAGUAACACAGAUAGAGUAUCAGGCACUUUGCAGCAAGCACAUACACAGGAAAAACUCAGUUUACCUGUGAUACCGUUCAGGCUGCAAGAGAUUUUUUUCCUCUCGUCCUCUGUCGAAGUCCGUCCACCUUUACGUAAAGUGGAUGAGCUGGCGUUAGCAGGCGUUCUGCGUUCAAGGGUGAAGGUUUGUGUGGUGCUUAGUUCAUUGGGAGAAUUAUUUUUCUCGGAGCCUUCAACUUCAAGUCUCUGGCAGGUAGCCACGGAGUCGCCCAGUCCGUCAAUGAGUUGGACGGCUUGAUGUAUGCGACGCCAGUGCAGGUUGUACUGUUGUAGGGUGGUUGAAGUACAUCACUACAUGUGAGCGUGACCGUGUAUGUGUGAGAUAGUACUACUACAGUAGCACGCGUGCGCGGGCCAGCCACACAACAGCUUGUCCUUUGUAGCUGGUGAAUCCCCUCCACCAUCUGGUAUAUGGCCAUCAGCGAUUUCGAGUGUCGUGUCCGCACUCCAUCUGCCGGUGCAGGCAAGCGACACAUGGACGAAUGUUCUCAAGGUCCUCCUCAGCGGCCCACGUCCAACCGAGCCACCUCCUCCGCUACUGCUGACGAAGACGCGGAAGUGGACGUGGUCGGAGAGACUCGUCCCGGCCAAAUCCAGUCCCAACAGCUUUUCAUCACCCAGACGUGUGCAGUCGCCUCGAGCGAUCCGUUGCCGUCCUCAUCAUCGUCCUCAAUGACUGCCGUCCAUCAUCAUCAACAGCAGCAUCAACUAUCGCCAGCUGCAGCAGCUCCAGGUAAUCCAGCGCUCUGGUCCGUGCCGUGGGUGCAACAGGGCGCUCCUUCUUUCGUCGCUCACCCCAAGGUGCCAAUGGCACCUGCAGUCUCGGCAACGUUCGUACCUUCCGCUGGGCCCCAGCCAGCCACGGGGUUCGCCCAACACACUCCAUCACAGGCUCCCAUCGUCGCCGCAGGAACACUGUUGCACAACCCAGUGUCCGCACCACCCCAACCCUGGACCGGGUAUCCAACGGUUGUCCCUUGGCCAGCCGCGGCGCCUCAUCCCGCUGCUUCGGGAGGCUUCCCGGCCCAGGCAGCCGGAGUAUGGCCCACCACCAUCCGCGUACCCAUGCCCGGCUACGCGUUCCUGCCCAGUCCGGGCGAUUCGACCGGGAGCAGCGCCCGGACCCCGACCGGGGGCCACCACCUAAUACAGGUGCAGCAAGCACAGCAGCAAGCGCCCCCUCCUCCUCAGCAUCAGCAGCAUCCAUCAUUGGCAACGCCAGCUCAGACACCAUUUAGUCCCGGUCAUGCUACCAACAGCAGUGCUACGUAUAUUUAUCAAGGUCCCGUCGCUGCACCAUCAACCAACCAGCAAAACGCCCGCAUAAUCCAAACCUCUAUCAGCCAUGGAGAAAAGGACGAGGCUACGGACAAUGAAGAGGACCAGCGCAAUGCCAAAAUGAUAAUGCCAGUGGGUCCGCACCGAGGUGGAGAUUCCCGAAGCUCUUCGGCCGAGUACUUGCACCCCGUUGCCAUACAGCCACCGUAUAUGUUUUCGUCGAACGAACGCAACAUGACGUCGCCCACUGCUACCAGCAAUCCUAGCAUCGAGAGCUCAAGAAGUGAUCAGAGCCAGCAGGACUAUCGCAAGCGGAUGGUUGAGAAGUGGCAGAAGCCGCGGCCGUCUUCGGACACCGGUGCGGUCACCAGUGCCAGCAUUCCUCGACAGUCCCACCACACGGGUAAAAACCUCAUCCUUGCAACUGGUCGACAGCAACAGCAGCAUCCAUUGCCAAUGGCGGCAGCUACAGGACAGCCGCCGUCGGCAGGGUCGGCGGCUGCAACGGCAACGCAACAUCAACUCAGCCCAGUGGUCAUGUUCAGUCCGGGCAACCCGAACGCAAUGGUGCCCUGCACCCUGCAGAACACCAUGGCAACGCUGCAGCCAAUGACCGGUCUCGGUGCCGCGCAGUACACUACAUCGACGCUGUCCGCCCGGUUGGUCGCCGCGGCAUCGGCCAGCCUUCCCACCAGAGUCUCAAUGAAGUCCGUCCGUCAGCCUAUACUCCCUGGUCCGCCGAAGAGCACGGGCGGAACACUAAGGUUACCGUUCACAAUUGAGAAACCGACAUCGCCUGAACGGACCAGGUGCUCCAUUUGCGGUACGCUGGCGUGUGGGUCAAGAUCUGCGCUAACAAAUCGGAGUGGACCGCCGCGUCGCCACUACUUCUCAUGCAAGGUGGCUCGCCGGCGACUGCAGGAGUGGAUGGACAGCCACCAGGACCACCCGUACCCGACCAAGUCGGAGCGCGCCCAGCUGCUCAAGGAGACGGGCAUGAGCCGCGUGCAGCUGCAGAACUGGUUCGGCAAUCACCGUCGCCGGCUCAAGUCACAGCGCCUGCACGACGGCACUUCGCCGCACGACUCCAAGGACUGCCAGUCCGACGGCUGGCACGGCAUGGGAGACAGUGACGACGACUCUGACAUGGAAGUGAUGGCGGACAAUGAAUGCGAGGAUGAUGAGGGUGUGGAGAUGAUCUAGGUUCUCUACCAUUGUACCUACCCAGGCCAUGGUUGUUGAAUCGGUGGCAAGGAAGACCUGCCUGGAAGGUGGAAUGAGCUACAAAAGAUAUUCACAGGAUGUACCAAUAGUGCUGGUGGACUCGUUUGGCUUCGCACCAAACCAAGUAGAUGUGUUUCAGUUUGGAAGUGAUCAAUUAGGAUGAUACUGUGCAGCAGCCCAGCUGUGUGCACACUAGUGCAUGGGCCCUAUUUGGUGUCUUUGACCUUCUAGGACUCCAUAUUUAAAUACCAUCUCUCUCUGUCUCUCUCUUACUCUCUGUCUGUCUGUACGUCUGUCUGUCUCUGUCUGUCUGUCUGUCUCUCCCACUGUCUGGCUCUCUCUCUGUCUCUCUCUUACUCUCUGUCUGUCUGUACGUCUGUCUGUCUCUGUCUGUCUGUCUGUCUCUCCCACUGUCUGGCUCUCUCUCUCUGUCUCUCUCUCUCUCUGUCUGUCUCUCUCUCUCUCUCUCUCUCUCUCUCUCUCUCUCUCUCUCUCUCUCCAAAGUUUGUCCUUGUCGAUCAGUCAUUGGCAGAACAUUUUCUAUUUUAUGAUAAUAGGUUGAGGACUGGGUUGAGGCAUAUCUCUCUAGCACGAGUCUGACAAAUAAUCUCCAAGUGGCUCAAGACUCGAGAAGAGUUAAAUUGGAGUGGCACACGUAAAGUUCGUGCGGUAUGUCCCUACCAGUCCCUUUCUUUUUCUCUCCUUUUUAAUUUUAUGAGACUAUACUGUUUUUGAAGUAAUCUAUUCCAUCUGCCAUGCAAGAUGUUACCUGAUACCUAGUAUUUUGAAUGCUUUUUUCCUCUUUUUUAAAAACAGUAGUAAGCUUUCUUGGGCUUUCCUGAGCAGACUAGCACUAACGUGGUUCAUAAUUAUAGAUAGUAGGAACGCUGGUCUAUUCUCUAGUGCCACUGCCACGCUCACGGUGCACAUCUUGACCAGUUUUUUUUUAACUGCACCGUCUUUGUUCUUUUGUCUGGCCGUACAUACGUCCACUCAACAAUACACACAAUAGAUACAUGCAUGUACAGCCAGACCGUGGCUUCAUACUGACUUUGAGGACAAGUCGUUGCUGGUGCCGCUGCUAGGCCGACUUUCCUAGUUAUUCUAGCAUUAGAAUAGCUGCCCCUGAAAUGUUACUUCGAUUUUUCCUCCGGA